CAAUGGGCGUCACCAAGACCACUCUCUCCCCCGGCAACGGCACCCAGUUCCCCCAGAAGGGCGACGUCGUGUCCAUCCACUACACCGGUUGUCUGUUUGACGCCUCCAAGGCCGAUAGCCACAACAUGGGCAAGCAGUUCGACAGCUCCCGUACCCGCGGUCCUUUCAAGACCUCCAUCGGUACCGGCCGUGUCAUCAAGGGCUGGGACGAGGGUGUCCCCCAGAUGAGCGUCGGCGAGAAGGCCAUCCUGACCAUCUCCCCUGACUACGGCUACGGUAACCAGGGUUUCCCCGGUCUGAUCCCUGCUAACUCGACUCUUGUUUUCGAGGUCGAGCUCCUCGGCAUCAACUAAAUCCAACCAAGUCGAUUUGACCCGGCUUGGUAUGACUUGGCUUGACUUGAAUUGACUUGACUCGAUCAACUGAAAUUGAUUAAUUGACAUAUCAAUUAAUCGAUCGAUCGAUCGGUUCACUCACUUCCCUUGGAUUUCUCGGUUUGGUUGGAUUGGAUGGGAUCGGAUCUCUCUGUUAGCGGGAAAGGAAAAUGAACGGAUACGGAAACGAAAACGGUGGUGCGGAUCUUUGUCGGUUCAGUUCGUUUUAUCUAGAUCGGUUCGGUUCAGUCGAGUUGUAGUUUAGCUGUUGAAGCUCUCUCUCUCUCUCUCUUUCUCUCUCUUUCUUUCUCUCGCUCUCUCUUGUAGUAUUGGUUGACUGAUUGAUAAGAUCAUAGUACGUGAA